AUGCUGGCCCCUUCUCACCCGCAUCCCGUUUCCUGCUCUGCUUCGGCUUUUUCUUUACCCUACCAAGCAGCUUGUGUCAGGCUUAAUCCGUCCCUGCCUGCUGUCUUCCGGGGGACUCGCCCGGACUCUUCCUGCACGGGACUUAGCUCCUCGCUUUUUGAAGACGGCGCCCGUCUGCGCGUCAAGGACCCCGCCGACUUUGACGAUAGUCAAAAGCCUUUUGACGAAGAAGCUUCGAGCCAGCCCGGUUCCCAGCAUCGGUCUGCGUCUCAAUCUUGGUCUCGCCGCGGUCAACCCCAACCGCAACGAGCUGUACGAGUCUCCAAGAACACCCACAGUGCUGUCCUUUUUGCACUCGAGGCUCUUCGGCAUCCCGAUCCGUUCACGCCCGACGUUGUCGAGGAGUCCGCUGACAUGGCUGACCUCAUGGCUGCCACCAGCGGAGUUCCUCCUGGCGCUCUCACCAGCCACAGCACGACCGCCCCUCGUCGUCCCACGGCAGGGCCUGCUCCGACCAGCUCCCCAUCCGGGAUUCGGGGUCCUAGGAUGAUUAUGCAGGAACGAGCGGCCAGAGAGGCCAGGCAACGGGCUGAGGCUGAGAAGCUUGCCUUGGAGCGAAACAGGGCAGAGCAGGAAGCGCAGGAAGCGCGCUUGCUGGAAGAAGCAGCAGCACGGCGAGGCAGUGCAGAAGACCCAUCUGCUGGCGUUGCUGCCGAGCAGGGUAGUGGCGCCAGGUUACCAUCCCAGCAGCUACAGGCAGACCCACGAGGCCAUGGCCACGCCGCGCAAGAAACUUUGCAGAGUUUACGAAACACGGGCGCUACAACGACGGCCAAGACGUCAACGCAGCAGCAGCAGCAGCAGCAGCAGCUUGCUUCACGGCAACAGUUACAACCACCACCGCCCAAUUAUAUAACCUCCAGUGGACGUCCACGAAUCCAACAGCAAGCAACUGCCAAUGCUGCCAAGGUGCCACGAGAGGGCGCUAGCCAACAGACUACUGAACGCGCCAAACCUAUAAGCUCCUUCCCCCAUGCUUUCGAGAGGUGGGAGACAUUGUCGGCUCACUGGGAAGGUCUAACAAGCUACUGGAUCAAAAAGCUGGAGCAGAACCAAGACGACAUAAGCCGUGAACCGCUCAGCCAGCAGCUUGCGCGGCAGGUCACUGACCUCUCGGCCGCGGGCGCGAAUCUGUUCCACGCAGUAGUGGAGCUGCAGCGACUACGAGCCAGCUCGGAAAGAAAGUUUCAGAGAUGGUUUUUUGAAACGCGCGCCGAGCUGGAACGAGCCCAGGAGGUCAACGGCAUGCUUGAAAAGGCUCUCGAGGGGGAACGUCGCGAGCGGGCCGACGCCAUUCGCGACGCGGUGGACCAUGAGAGAGGCUCAUCCAAGGCGCAGAAGCAGCUGGCCGAGAUGCGCAAGGAGCUCGCGAUAUCCAAGGAAGAAGCGCGACGGGCGUGGGAAGAGCUGGGGCGAAGGGAGCAGGAAGAGCGAGACCGGACUCUGUCGUUGCAGUCUGGCCACCCCACCAUUGUCGGCGGCGUGCAAGUCGUCCCCAUGACGCAAGGCGGCGGCGUCGUCAGCCGCCAGGGGACCGGCCGGGACGCCGGAGCCUAUCCGGCAGAGUAUGCGCAGGGCUAUGCUCCCGAGCGCUCGCGGCCUGACCCCACGUCCCCGCAGCCGACCGCGGCCGGCCCGAGCAGCACGCAUCAGGCAACCGGCCAGCCGUCCCACGCGGGCAGAGCCGGUGGUUCAGAGGGCGGAUUCAGCGAAGACGACUACGACACCCCAGCGACGACGAACCCGCCGAGCGGGGGGCACGACCCUCCCGCCGCCUCGUCGACAGGCGACAGCCAAUGGACCGGAGCGUAUGCGAGUCCUCAAGACUAUUCCGGGCAGGGCUACGGGACUCCCGGAUGGGAGACUGUUCCGCGCCAUCAUCACCCGACCAGACUGAGCGACGUGAUUGAGGAAGAAGACGAGCGGAGCCGCACGAGCGCAAGCCAAAGUCACAGCCGGGCCGGUUAG